CUUUGUCGUCUGCUAUUGUGGAACCAUCGUCAUCUCGAUCUUCUAUCUCAACUUCAGAUCUUUUUUUUUUUUUUUUUUUUUUGAGGUUUUUGCUAAUCUGAAUGACCUUUUCUAAUUUAUCAACGUUUAUGUCAAUUUUGUCAUCUAUGGUUGUUGAUUUCAUUGAUCUGGGAAAUUGGUUGAUCUCUCAUGUAGAUCAAUUCCAAAUCUUCGAGGCUGUGACCAGUUUUCUCUAAAACUUUGUUUGAUUUGGAUUUAGAAGAUUUUGAGUUAGGAUUGUUUAGUAUGAGAUGAAAUUUGUCAUUUUAUCAAGUUUUUGUGAAUCCAUGCUUUGUUUUUCUUUUCUAUUUUUUUUACUUGCAAUGUUGUGAAGGAUAAAUUGAUUUUGAUGUGUCCAGACUCCAGAGAAAUUACAAACCAACAACAAGAGGAUGUCUCAGGCCGGAUAUAUAGAUAAUUAAUGGUUGCGUUUCCCUAACAGUUCGAGCUUUUAGUAUGACCGGGUGAAGCCUACACUAAGAUGGAACAGCAUGAAGAUGAGCUGUGAAGGCCAAAGUUGGAGCUGAGGAAAUGUUGGGGCAAGAGAAUUAUGUUAUCGAGGCAAAGAAGUUGGCGUUGCGAGCAAAGGCUGUAUAUCCUGAGUUAGAUGACAUCACCCAAAUUUUGUCUACAUUUGAUGUCUAUCAGUCUGUACAGAAGGUCCAUGAAGAAGAGGUCGAUUGGUACAAGGUUCUUGGCUUUAAGCCAUCUGAUGCAGAUAAAAAGAGAUCUGUUGCUUGGGACUUGAUCUCCGACAAGGCGAAGAGGCUUAAGUAUGACUUGAAGAGAGGCAUUGUACAAGUUCAAGUCAAUCGCAGAACACGGGUGAACCAACAUUUUAUGAUUUCAUGGGUGAAGUAUUUUGGUGACCCAAAAGAAGCACCUCCACCACUGGAAAGAGUUAGCCCGGAAGGAGAAGGAUCAUUCAUUGAGGAACUUAUUCAAUGCAUGGCGCAUCACAUGGACGAUAAUAUAUUGAAGGAUCUCAAGACCAACAUUCAAGCCCGUGGUUCAUUUGGUAUCGACUACCCUCAGACGAACCUCCGGGGGUAUUUAAUAUGGUUAAGGGAUGAGAUGCAGAACCUACAUUCUACAUAUAAAAGCUGGCAUGAUACACAUAUAUGCUCAUAAAAAAGGGUUUUCUCAGACUAAGGGUGAGUUGUAGUUUUUCCAAACUCGCCGCGCCAAAAUGCUGACUUGUUGAACUUGAAUAAUGCGUGAGUAAUUAAUUCUUCGACUUGCAUCCUUUUUCAGGAAUACAAGAAAGUAAUAUUUCCCCCAUUCACAUUACUCCACUAGACCUCAGCCCAAAGUAUGCUGAGAAAUUGCACUACAAAAAAAUAGUAUAUUUGUAACGGAAAUCCGUUCCUAAAGUUCACGUAGCUAACGUAAUUUCAUCUCAAAUUCC